AUGGGAGACAACAUAUGUUGAACAACGUACGGAUGAGAUAAAUCGAGGGGAAAAAUACAUAGGAUUGAGACGUAAGCAAGCGUAGACUUUACUCUCCAAGUAUAUACGAGUGCAUCCUUCUUCCCCAAAUAGUCCCAUCCCCGCAACCACUACAACCACCACUAACCGUCAACCGCCGCCCCGCCUCGCCGCCCGCCGCCACGACAAAAACAUGUACAGAGACGAGUCCGCCUGCAACACCUACAACUACGGCGACGCCCUUUACUGGGACGCUCGGUAUAUUCAGGAUGCCGGGUCUGGGCCCUUCGACUGGUACCAGCGCUACGCCGCUCUCCGCCCUUUCGUCCGCAAGUAUAUUCCCACCGCCUCCCGUGUUCUCAUGGUCGGCUGCGGUAAUGCCGUUAUGUCGGAGGAUAUGGUGAAGGAUGGGUAUAAGGAGAUAGUGAAUGUUGACAUAUCAUCAGUGGCUAUUGAUAUAAUGAGAAGGAAGCAUGAGCAGAUACCAGAAUUGCAAUAUAUGCAAAUGGAUGUUAGGGAUAUGAGUUUCUUCCCCGAUGAAUCAUUUGAUAGUGUCAUUGACAAAGGAACUCUUGAUUCAUUAAUGUGUGGUACCAAUGCUCCAAUUAGUGCUUCUCAAAUGCUCGGGGAAGUGAGCAGGCUUCUGAAACCCGGUGGAGUGUAUAUGUUGAUAACCUAUGGUGAUCCCACAGUGAGGAUGCCUCAUGUGAAUCGACCGGUUUACAACUGGAAAAUUGAGCUAUACAACAUACCUAGACCUGGAUUUCAGAAGCCCGUAGAUUCAACUUCUGGUUUGAAGUCGUAUUUGGAACCCAUACCUCUGACCGAAGCCGGCUUACUUCCUGCAGAUUAUGUAAUGGAAGACCCCGAUUCACACUUUAUAUACAUCUGUAAAAAAACAGAAACCAAAUACAUUUCGGGAUAACUUAAAGGCGCAAACUAUAUGCUGGUGGUUUUGUUAUCAAUUUCCAGACCGCGAAAAUCGCUGCUUCCUUUCAUACCUGUUGUAGUUUGUACACAACUGUAUGUAUAUUCACCUAUUCAACUGUGCAUUACUGUGACUCAUAGCUGAUUGAAAGAUAAGACUAUAUGCCAGAAAUAAUAAAGCUUGUAUGGCUUGGGGAAAAUUUGUUGUCA